AUGGUCCCACUCCUGGGCGCGCUGCUCCUGGUGCUGGCACUCCUCUCCUUCUGGAGACUGGCAAAGGGGAAAGCAGAGCCCAGGCCCAAGUACCCUAGGAGCCUGCCCUCCCUGCCCAUCAUCGGGAGCUUGCUGCAUCUGUCCGGUAACCCCCAGCUCCACCUCCUCUUCCACAGCCUGCAGAAGAAAUACGGCAGCCUCUACUCCCUGAAGAUGGGCUCCCACUACAUGGUGGUGGUGAGCCACUACCUGCAUGCCAAGGAGGUGCUGCUGAAGAAGGGAAAGACCUUUGCCGGCCGGCCCCACACCGUAAGUAACCCACACGGCCCUGUCCCUCUAGCUGCCCGGGAGAGAAAGGCAGCAAAGCCUAGUGAUUGUGUUGACACCCCCAGGCUCAAUCCGCUGUCCCUGCUUGCUAGACUCUGGUGCUCACCAGAUGUGUCACCAUCUCUCCCCUGCCUUCUAGUCUGCCGGGAAGCUGCCUCCAUGUGUGAGACUCUCAGCACUUUGCAGGACACCCUCCUGGACAUGGCCCCGGAGCUCAACCGAGCCGUCACCAAUGUGGUGUGCUCUCUGUGCUUCAGCUCCUCCUACAGGCGAGGGGACCCCACGUUCGAGGCCAUGCUGCAGUAUAAUCAAGGUAUCGUGGACACGGUGGCCCAAGCGAGCCUGGUGGACAUCUUCCCCUGUCUGCAGGUUUUUCCCAACAAGGACCUGGCAUUGCUGAAGAGGUGCGUGGAGGUCCGAGACCAGCUGCUGCAGAAGCAGUUCAAGGAACACAAAGAAGCGCUGGGCAGCGACUCGGCCAACGACCUGAUGGAUGUGCUGCUGCGCACCCAGCUCAACAUGGAGAACAACAACAGUCGGCUGGCCCAACCGCCGGAGCUGACGGAUGACCAUCUCCUCAUGACCGUGGGCGACAUCUUCGGGGCAGGCGUCGAGACCACCAGCACCGCGCUCAAGUGGGCUGUGCUCUACCUGCUCCACUACCCGGAGGUGCAGAAGACGAUCCAGGAGGAACUGGAUCAGAAGAUCGGCUUCGAGAGACACCCCCAGCUCAGCGACAGGCAGCAGCUACCCUACCUGGAGGCCACUAUCAGCGAGGUCCUGCGCAUCCGGCCUGUCUCCCCUCUGCUGAUCCCACACGUGGCCCUUACGGACACCAGCAUUGGGGAAUACACCAUCCCAAAGGGAGCCCAGGUCAUCAUCAACCUCUGGUCCCUUCACCACGACGAGAAGGAAUGGGACAAGCCAGCGGAGUUUAACCCAGGGCAAACCCACUUAACCUAUCACGCUAUCGAAACCGAGCAGGUCACAGAGGUAGACACACCCCAUCUUCCUGCAAAGGAGCCAGGGGAAGUUGUUAAACAGGAGCUCCAAGCCAUGCUGGAACUGGGAGUUACCGAGGAGUCCCAUCGCGAGUGGAGAAGUCCUGGAAUGUUGGCCGUCAAACUAGAUGGCACCUCCCAGUUCUGCAUCAGUUUCUCCCACGCCCAGAGUGGACAACCUGCUAGAGUGGUCAUGCGGUGUGGCCCCCACAGAGCACCUGCAACCAUUCAGCAGCUGAUGGACUGGGUCCUCCGGCCACAGGCCCAAUACACCAUAGUUUAUUUGGAUGAUGUGGUCAUUUAUUGCCAUGGUGGGGAGAUCCUCUUAAAUAACGUGGUGGCCACCCUCAGGUACCUAGAAGACACUGGGUUGAUGGCAAACCCAGCUAAGGACAAAAUAGGGAAGGAGAAAACCACCUACCUGGGGUACACGUUGGGGAAGGGCCAGGUCCAGCCCCUUGUCAAUCAAGUGCAGACCUUGAAAGCUUGA